AUGAUUGAGCUCACAGCACUGCGACCAACCCUUGUCGGUGCGUUGCUGCCGAUGUUCUGUUUAGUGGCGUGCUGUUGCGAGGCGUUUCCGGUAUUACCUCGCGUUCUUUUCCGACCAGGUUCUCCGCCGUCACAGUCAAUACCAGCCUUGUCGGCUUCCCAGUUGCUCGAGUUUGUGGAGCCCACAACUGGCGUCACGGUGAAGCUGGUCGGCGCAAUGCACUACAAUCCUGCGUCAAUCGCCUUGGCGGAAGAAACGAUUCGCGAUUUAGCUGUGCAGGGUCGCUUGGGAUCCGUCGUGAUUGAAAGUUGCGACAUUCGUUGGAAUGCCACCAUGGAUACGGAUCCUUUUUUGCAAAAGCUACUACAGUCUGAGAUGCGUGCCGCUCACGAUAUUGCGUUGGCGUACCAGCGACCGUUGGUAUUGGGCGAUCAGCGGAUUAACAUUACGACACGUGAACUGGGUGCUGGUUUGAAGGAAACCUUGACUCAACUUUUGGAUCCGGUCCAGGGCUGGCGGGCAUUUUGGGGAAACGUCACGACCGCUCGCCGAGACGCCAUUCCUGUGGGUGACGGUUUUCUCAGCGCCUUUGCGUUUCUGGACCCCAAGUUGCUCUUGGCUGCACCGGUGUCGCUGGCCAAAUAUCCGUUGUCCUACGUAGCCAAGGCGCCCGUGACGAGUAUUGCCAUACUGUCCUUAUUAUUCUUUGCCGACUCGGCGUAUGCGGUUCCCGUGGACGAUAUGACCACCACGGAUUGGGUGGGUGAGCUGACGGGAGCCGCCCUGGAAACUGCCUUCUUUGCGCGCGUCUUUCUGAAAGAGCUCCUGGCCGAUCGGAAUCCCAUUUUGGCCCAGAACAUUCUGGCGCAGUGCCGGUACUACAGUCCGACACCGGACUUGCCAAUUUGGAGGCGACUCUUCCACGGGAACGCGAAGUUCGAUUCGCGACGAGACCAGUGCGUCUACGCCGAAGACAGCGUGCUGCCGCGAUACGAAAACAGCGGAAAGGUCGUCGUGGCGGUGCUCGGCCUAGCGCACUGCAACGGUAUCAAGAAACUUUUGGAGGAACAACGUGUAUAG